UUGGAGGAUCUCCCCCAGAACUUGAGCCCGCCACCGAGUUCAACCCCGCAAUUGCUGGAUACGUCAGCGUCUGGUACCAGGGAGACGAAGCCCACAUUACCGAAAUCGCCGUUCGGGAGACCCUCAGAGGGCAAUGGCAUCGGCGAACUCCUGUUGAUCGGCUCCCUGAUUGCUGCCCGCGAAUAUGGGUCCCAUGUAAUGACGCUUGAGGCGCGAGUGUCCAACUUCAUCGCGCAGCGGCUGUACGAAAAAUACAGCUUCAAAUCGGUUGGCAUCCGAAAGGCCUACUACGCCGACAACCGGGAGGACGCGGUGAUAAUGACCACCACUCCCAUCGACUCGGAGGAGUACGGUCGCAUGUUUCAAGGGCUGCAGGAGACCUGGGAAUCCCGCUGGGGCCCCAUGAUCAUCGAGAACUGA